GCACCAAACAAAAAUUAAAAAAUAAUUUAUUUAUUUUCAAUUAAUUGAAAUCAGUGUGAGAACGAGGGCGAGAGAAACAGAGAGAACUGACAAUGCGAGAAUGGCUCAGUACAGACAAUCGGGCCAUCAUAGCUACAACAACUCCAACGGCACGUCGUCCGGCGACCACGUGUCCAUCGGCAUCCGUACUACGACGUCUCACGGCAAACUGUCUCGCCCUCGCCGAUCGGCACGCUCUGACAAGGCCGGUCUCCGCCUCUCCGUCGCCUCAAUCUCCGUCUUCCUCUCCCUCGUACUCCUUGUCACUCUCUUAGCCUAUUUUUACAUCUCUGGAUAUAAUACUGUUGUUCAUACUGAUGAUAAAGACAUGAAUAGUUACAAUACUGUGGAUGGUGAGUUGAUGAAUGAGCUUGAUUUUCUUACGAAUGUGACACGGAGGGACACUUUUAAAGUUCUUGGAUUUGGCAAGGGCUCAGUAACACAUGGAAGAGAUUCAAGAUAUUGGGAUACGGAUGAUAGGAGAAGGGAUGAUGAUUACAACGAGGAUGAAGUGGAACGUUCUAGCAUGGCUGCAAAGGGUGGAAGUAAUAAUAUGGGCCAUAUUCCUGUGAAAGUGGACAAUGGCAACAAGAAGAUUUCUCAUGAUGAUCCGCAGAAGGGUUUAGAAGGGAAAGGAGUUGGUUUGUAUAACGAAGCUGGGCGUGAUGAAUUGAAAAUGUAUGAAGCAGAAUAUGAAGCAUCCCUAAAGAAUUUGGGCCAGUCAGGAAAUGGAAAUCAACAGUCUGAAGAUAAAGAUUUUCAGAUGCAAAGUGACGCUAUCGAUGUUGAUGAUGAGUAUGAUAAUAUUGCCGAUGGUACUCAAGUGGAAUAUGAUGAUUCUGGGCAUAACAAAGGGGAUGACUCAGAUUUAGCAAAAAUCCACGAUCAGAAUCAUAUGGACUCAUCUGAUAGUCAUGAUACUGGAAUGCAGGAUCAGGAUUUUCCCAAGGAAGUUGAGGAAACCUCCAACAAAUCAUUUGCUGACUCUUCUAUAAAAUCUCGAAAUUUAGGCAAUUCUGAUGCACAUCAUCGAGAGGCCAGUGUUACUGGUGGUAAAUCCACCAGAAGUUCACGAUCAGAACCAAAAAGAAAAAAACGCCGCAAAUUUUCUGGGUCGUGUGAGAUGAAGUUCUUAAAUUCUACUACACAGCUUGUUGAGCCUUUAGAAAGUCGAAAAUUUGCAAGAUUUUUCUUGCAAUAUACUGAAGUGGAGGAGAAGCCUGAUGGAGUCGCAGAGUGGGAGCCUAGAUUUGCUGGGCAUCAGAGUUUACAAGAGCGGGAAGAAUCAUUUUUAGCUCAUGACCAAAAAAUAAAUUGUGGCUUUGUUAAAGGUCCUGAAGGUUCUCCAAGUACUGGAUUUGACUUGUCAGAAGAUGAUGCAAAUUAUAUGAGUAAAUGCCACAUUGCUGUUGUCUCAUGCAUUUUUGGAAAUUCAGAUCGCUUGAGGGUACCUGCUGGUAAAAUGGUCACUCGUUUGUCAAGGAAAAAUGUUUGCUUUGUUAUGUUCAUGGAUGCGCUGACUUUGCAAACACUUAUUGCAGAAGGUCAGAUACCAGAUAGAACAGGUUUGAUUGGUUUAUGGAGGAUAGUUGUUGUGCAGAAUCUUCCUUAUACUGAUAUGCGUAGAGUGGGAAAAAUACCAAAACUGUUGUCACAUCGACUAUUUCCUUCUGCAAGAUAUUCAAUUUGGCUGGAUAGCAAAUUACGUCUUCAACUUGACCCUUUACUCAUCUUGGAAUAUUUCUUGUGGCGAAAGGGUUAUGAGUAUGCCAUUUCUAAUCACUAUGAUCGGCAUUGUGUAUGGGAAGAAGUCGCACAAAACAAGAAGUUGAACAAGUAUAACCAUACAAUCAUUGACCAACAAUUUGCGUUCUACCAGGAUGAUGGGUUGAAAAGAUUCGAUGCCUCAGAUCCUAACAAGCUUCUUCCUAGCAAUGUUCCUGAGGGAUCUUUCAUUGUAAGAGCACACACUCCAAUGUCAAAUUUGUUCUCAUGUCUUUGGUUCAAUGAGGUUGAUCGGUUUACUCCUCGCGAUCAGCUAAGCUUUGCUUAUACAUACCAGAAAUUGCGAAGAACAAAUCCUGGCAAAAUGUUUUAUCUUAAUAUGUUCAAGGAUUGUGAGAGGAGAAGCAUUGCUAAGCUGUUCCGACACAGAGCAGAGGAGAAGCGGUAUAGUCAUCAACAUGCAGCUACGUAAAUGUUUUGCUAUAUUGAACAUUUCACCAGAAGCUGAUUUAUAUAUUGUGAUUGGAUGCACUUAUCCAGUGCCUUGUGAAGUUAUGUACUAUUCCCUCAACGUGUUGUACAAGUGGUGGUGGCUUCCGAUACAAUACCACAUCUUCUGCAGCUUUGAUUUGAAGAAAGUCUGCUGGAUCUAAAACAAUUUCUACAGUGAAUACUACAGGUGAGUUCUCCACUUCUGCAGCCCUCUCACGAUCAAUGCAGAAAAGAAAAUUCAUACACCCAUUUAUCCAAUUCAUUUUAAAUUCAUUACUUCCGACUAGCGGGAACCAGAGCAUUCGAUAAAUUUUACUACUUCCACUACAAGUUGUAUUCUUUGUUCCCUUCUUGAUUGGUUGUCGAUCUUUUGUUCGUAAAAUUUUGAUGGCUUAUUCAGGCUUGUAUGAUAUAUGGGUAAUUUGUUUAGUGAUGCCACAAAUUCAAGAUUUUACCUGAUGUUGUCCAUAUUUUGCAUCGUUAAAUUGGUGCUUCUUGUGGAAUACUGAAAUAUGUUUGAUUUAAGUGAACUUUACAGGAGUACAAUUAAUCAAGUGCUCCUUUUUCUGGAUNUUGG